AUGGAAGAAAUCAAACAACUUGAUCCUAAUUGUACAAUUAGAUUCAAUUACUCUACUCAACAUGAAACUCAAUUGAAUGCCGUUUUAAAAUCAAAUAAUAUCCUUUUUCGUACUAUCAUAAAGAACGACCCUUCUUCAACUACAACAUCAAGCACUAAAAAUAACUACCAAGCAUAUACUUUCAUAAGAUUGCCUAAUGAUGGUACUGGUGAAUCGUUGAAUAGAAUAAACAAAUUUGUGAAUUCCAUAUCCCAUUUCAAGUUUGUUCAAUCAUUAACUCCAUUAUAUGACUCCGACGUCUCGAAGAAAAUAAAUGGCUUUUCCAGUCAUUUGGUUUUUCAAAAUGUAUUAAAACUACCAAAAGAUCAUGAUAUAACUAAUUUAUAUCAUUUAACUAAUGAUUUCGAUGCAACAUUCUUUUUAUCAUUCUACAAAUAUUAUAUCCAAUCUUUAAAAAAAUUGGCUGUAUUUGGUUUCAUUAUUCGUUUCAUAUUACCAAAUAUAUUUUAUGAUAAUAAGAAUCCAUUAACGUGGCAGUUCAAUUCUUUAUACCAAUUAGGUUUGUUUAUCUGGUCAAUUUAUUUCAUCAAUUCAUGGAUUAACAAGAAACAAUUCCAUUACAAAACUCUAUUCAAUACAUAUCAACACAUUCAAUCAUCAUCUUUUAUUUCCGCCUCUUCCUUGAAUCAAACAAUCACUAAUAAUCCACAUAAUCAUAUUUCAAUUCUUUUCAAAAAAUGUUGUUUCAUACCAAUCCUUAUCCUUUUCACGAUUUUGUUAAUAUCUUUCCAAGUAAUUUGUUUCUGCAUCGAGAUUUAUUUCACUCACAUUUAUAAUGGUCCAAUGAAAUCAUUUGUUACAUUGAUCCCUACAAUCUUAAACUCAAUUGGUGUUCCAAUCAUUAUAUCUCUUUAUAAUAACAUCUUUGUCUCAAGAAUUAUCAAAUGGGAAAAUAAUAUGUCCUUUGAAAAUGAGUUGAUUUCAAAAUAUGAGAAAAAUUUCAUCUUGACAUUUUUAAUUAACUAUGUCCCAUUAUUGAUUACCUUAUUUGUUUAUCUACCAUUCGGCUAUAAAUUCAAUUCGAUGAUCCAUUCCUAUUCGUUCUUUUCGUUUGUUCCAUCUACUUCUCCUUCUGCUUUGGAUAUUUUUUUCAAAAUUAACCCGUUGCGUUAUCAAAAGCAGUUCUUCUAUUUCAUCUUCACUAAUCAAAUCAUUACGUUCUCCUUGGAAAAUAUUUUACCUUAUUUAUUACGUGUAUUGAAAGCUAAAAUGAACAAGACUCAAUCUCCAAUUACCCCAACAUCAAAGACCCUAUCACAUUUUAAAAUUGAUGAUAUAUCAUCUUCUAAUCCUAUCGAUGCAAAUUAUCAAAAGAUUAUCUUACAAUUUGGUUUCAUUAUUAUGUUUUCGAUUAUUUGGCCCUUAGCUCCAUUGCUUUGUUACAUUCUAAAUUUUGUCUUUUAUAAAAUUGAAUUAUGGAAAUUUUUGAAUCUUUAUAAACCUUCGACUUUCCAAUUGAACAUUUUAUCCGAUUACAACACGAAGUUAUCAUCCUCGUCCUCAUCUUCAUCAUCUAUCGAAUUUUGGAAUAACAUUCUUUCAAUUGUCACUAUUGUCGGUUCAACAAUCUCCUUAACCUUGACUUCAAUGUAUAAAUCCUCGCACUUGUUAUCAUUGUCAUCAUCGUUUUCAUCACCUUCGAUGGAUUCUAAAUUGUUCCUUUCAACUCCAACAAAUUACAAAAGUGGGUCCACUAUCAUCUUACUCCUUUUCAUUACGGAAAAUUUAUCAGUCUUUGCAUUCAAAUUGAUGUCAAGAUUUAUGAACUUAUCAUCAUCUUUAUCGUCACAUAAUAAUCUAAAGCCUACUGAUUCGAGAGUAUAUUCUUCUUCAGCUUCAUCUUCCAUUGUAUUUAUUCCCUCCUUGAAAACUUCAAAUACCGAUAGUCACGAAAACAACAAGGAAAGAAAAUAUACUUCGUCGACUUAUAUUACCGCUCCAAUUUCCAUUAAUAAAGAUUUAAUUAGUGAAAUUCAGAAUAACAACGAUAACAACGAUAACAACGAUAAUAAUAAUAAUAAUAAUAAUAAUAAUAAUAAUAAUAAUGUUAAUAAGGAGGCUGGUUCUAACAAUGAUAGUAAUAUUGAAAGAAAAGAAGAAUCCGAACUGCUACAUGGAGAUCAUACCAUCAAAAACAACAACAAUUCCACUAUCCCAAGGGACACUUCUUCAACCUCGAGAAGCUUUAACAACUAUAUUAAUGUCGGUGAUGAAACAAGUGUAGCUGGUGCUACUUUACCGGAUACUAUUCCAACUUCCAAAAAUUAUGAUUCAAGAUACGAUAAGAAUGGUAAUCCAAUUUUGCAACCACAACCAAACCAUCCAGCUUCAUCAUCGAAUUUGUCGUCGUCAUUAUCAUUUAAUGUUGAACAGUCGGUCCCAAUAGAGAGUACUUCAAAUCUUCAAACAAGUGUAAAUGUAAACGUCAUUCCACCUCCACAAGAAUCAUCUUUACCAUCAUCCUCUUCAAAUAACAAUAGAGACUUACAAUCAAAUACAAGCAAAAAUUUAAAUAUAAAGCAAAGACCAGUAUCUACCAUAUCAAUGAAAACAAAUAAUAUACAAAGUUCUACAGCAUCAAGCAUAGGACUAAUAAGUCCCCAAAAUGAUAACAACAAUAAGAGGCAUCUUACCCCAUCAAUAUCAUCAAAAGGGACAACAGCUAGUACUGUUAACACUACAAAAACGUCAUCCUCGAAGAAACCACCAACUACUACGACGAUCCAAUCUCAUUCAGUUACUACUACUACAGCAGCAGUAGCAGCAGUAGCAGCGGGUAAUGCUGAUUCCAACCGUCAUUCUAGAUUAAUUCCAAAACCAAAAGACGAGCAUUCAACGAAUGAUAAACUACCAAACAAGAAGAAAGAACAUAAGAAGGGACUAUUUCAUAAAUUAAAGAAAAACUAUGAGAAAAGUUUGAGACUGAAUGUCCAAUCUAGCCUAUAA